GAAUAGAAAGGAGGCGGGGCUGUGCCGAAACGUUUCCAUAGAACACGGCUGCUGGGUGCGUCGGUCGGCGUCGAGAUAGAAAGCGGAGGAGCAGCUACGGGGAGAGAGCUAGCUGGAGAAAGAGGUAAGGUUUUACAUUAUACUCAGUCCACCGGACCACCAUCCGCUCGCGAUACCACUCUCCUUUCUCCUUAACAUAUCGAUUGGCAAUUUUGGAAUUAAACAAUGUUCAGAGGCCCUGCAACUACUCUCUUAAGGAUUUCCUCUUCAAGAAAAUCUGCCUCCCGGUUUAGGAUUUUUACAGGGAACCGAUUGUUACAUUCUGUUGGACAAUAUGAUGAUCAUAAAAUUCUCCAAAGUAAUCCAGUGCGUCCUUUCUCAACCACUGUGAACCAAGUUUGGUUUAGAUUGCUUUCUCAGAGAUCAAGGUUUGGAGUUUUUAGUAGUUUCAAUUUAAGACGAAUCUCAAUCCCUGUGGGGCCCGAAGCAGACAACAAAGAUGGUAAUGGUGUAAGCAGUUCAAAUGUGGUAGAAGUUGGGGGGUAUGAUGCAGAUGUUGGAAAGAAUGUUUGCUUUGAGAAUGAUUCGAUGAUGGUUACUGGUGAGGAUGGAUGCAUUGGGGAUAGUAUUUGUGGUUCCAUUGUGGAUGAUUCAAAAAAUGGUGACAGUGACCUAAGGUCAUCAAAACUGAGGAACUAUGAGACCAUCAAAUCAUGUGAUCCUGUUGAACUAUACAGUGAGCUUCGUAGUGUUGAAAUGGGUGGUUCAAAGGUAGAACUUUCUAAUUGGUUAAUUCUUCAAGAGAUAUUUCACUACUUUCUCCAUUCUGGUUGGGCUAGCAAUCAGGCUCUUGGUAUUUAUAUUGGCAUGUCAUUUUUUCCAACAGCUGUCAGUAAGUUUCGAAACUUUUUCCUUAAGAAAUGUUCUACUGACGUUGUCAAAUAUUUGGUGUUUCUUGGUCCUUCAGAUGAUGCAGUCAAAUUCCUUUUUCCAAUAUUUGUUGAAUAUUGUUUAGUAGAGUUUCCAGAUGAGAUUAAGCGAUUUCAAAGUAUGGUUAAAUCAGCUGAUCUUACUAAGCCACACACCUGGUUUCCAUUUGCACGAGCAAUGAAGCGUAAAAUUAUAUACCAUUGUGGUCCAACUAAUAGUGGUAAAACUUACAAUGCUUUGCAGAGGUUUAUGGAAGCAAAGAAAGGGAUUUAUUGCAGUCCUCUUAGGUUAUUGGCCAUGGAGGUGUUUGAUAAGGUGAAUGCUCAUGGUGUCUAUUGUAGUCUUCUCACAGGUCAAGAAAAGAAGCUUCUACCAUUUUCUAGUCAUAUCGCCUGUACAGUUGAAAUGGUGUCAACAGAAGAUCUAUAUGAGAUUGCUGUCAUCGAUGAGAUUCAGAUGAUGUCAGAUCCUUGUAGAGGAUAUGCAUGGACGAGGGCCUUGCUUGGAUUGAAGGCUGAUGAGAUCCACUUAUGUGGGGAUCCUAGUGUUCUAAAUGUUGUUCGAAAGAUCUGUUCCGAAACUGGUGAUGAGUUGCAUGAACAACACUAUGAGAGGUUUAAGCCAUUGGUUGUUGAAGCUAAAACACUUUUGGGUGAUUUUAAAAAUGUUAGAUCUGGUGAUUGUAUCGUUGCCUUUUCAAGAAGGGAGAUAUUUGAGGUUAAGUUGGCGAUUGAGAAAUUCACCAAGCAUCGAUGUUGUGUUAUUUAUGGAUCUUUACCACCGGAGACUCGAAGACAUCAAGCAAGUUUGUUUAACGAUCAAGAUAAUGAAUUUGAUGUGCUUGUCGCUAGUGAUGCAGUGGGAAUGGGUCUAAAUCUUAAUAUUGGGAGAGUCGUGUUUUACAAUCUUGCAAAGUUCAAUGGGGACAAGAUUGUGCCUGUUCCUGCUUCACAGGUUAAGCAGAUUGCUGGGAGAGCAGGGCGCAGAGGAAGUCGCUAUCCUGAUGGACUUACAACCACAUUCUGUUUGGAUGAUCUUGAUUACUUGAUUGAAUGUUUGAAACAACCUUUCGAUGAAGUUAAGAAAAUUGGUCUGUUUCCUUCCUUUGAACAAGUUGAGCUAUUUGCAGGGCAAAUCUCUAAAGUUGCAUUCGCCGAGCUAUUGCAAAAAUUUAGUGAAAAUUGUCGACUAGAUGGUUCUUACUUUUUGUGUCGGCAUGACAAUAUAAAGAAAGUUGCAAACAUGUUGGAGAAGGUCUCAGGACUAUCUCUAGAAGAUCGUUAUAACUUUUGUUUUGCCCCUGUUAAUGUUAGAGAUCCGAAGGCAAUGUACCAUCUUUUGAGGUUUGCUUCAUCGUAUAGUCACAAUGUUCCUGUGAGCAUUGCAAUGGGCAUGCCAAAAGGUUCUGCUCGGAGUGAUUCGGAGCUAUUGGAUCUUGAAUCGAAGCAUCAAGUAUUGUCUAUGUAUCUUUGGCUGUCCCAACACUUCAAGGAAGAAACUUUUCCCUAUGUUAAGAAGGUUGAGGUGAUGGCAACAGAUAUAGCUAAAUUAUUAGGUCAAUCUUUGACAAAAGCUAAUUGGAAACCAGAAUCAAGGCAAGCUGGGAAACCCAAGCCUCGGGACAAAGAAGGCCAUGAAAAUAACAAGUCUCCCGUCUGGGUGCAGGAGAAGCAAGUUAUUUAAAUUUAAGGAUAGUGGCUGUCUUAUGGUAGGAAGAUGUCGCAGAUUUGGUUUAGAAAGGCAAAAUAGCGGCUAGUCUCAGCCUAGCUUAUGCUGUGCUCCUCUCCAACUCUUGUUUGGAAAAGUUUUGUGUGUGUUCGAGGUGUUUGACGAUUUUGAUUUAUCCAAGAACCAAAUACAUAAUUGUAGUCUUGAGAUUUUGAUUUAGAUAUAAAAAGAGAAAUUAGUUGCAAUUAAUAAAAUCGAGUCCCCUGUCGUGAAAUGCCUGUGUUACUUUGGAUGGUAGAGUUCGUUGUACUCAAAGCACGAAAAAGGAUCUUGUAGUUGAGCGAGAAGGGGGAGGGACAGACACAAUCUAAUCUCUAACAACAUAGAGGCUUUGGAACGCAAGCUAUAAGCCACAAAACAAAACUGAUGGAAGAAACGUACUCAGAACUAUUAUACUCAACAAUAGUAGUCAUACUAUUUCAAAAUUUUCACCUUCAUUCUCCAAUUUUUAGUAUAUGCAUAUACUUUGGCACAACUCUUUUCUUUUCUGCCACUUGUUCUAUUUCUGGGAUACAAUUGGGAAAAACUUGUUUACUCACCAGUAGGUAGAAACUCUAAUUAUUUCUGUAUAGAGUUUAUUAUUUUGUUGCAUUGUAUUUAAUAAAUCACGUUGGAGUUGCAAGAUCUUA